GGGCGGGGCGGGCUCUGGAGGCCGCUCGGGGGCUCCGGCAGCAGCCCGAGGAAGAACCAGGGCUUCUAGCGACUGCACAGCGGCAGCGCGCUAGUUCUAUGGCCAGGUGAGGAGGGGCGAAGGCGACGCAGCCUCCGGGGACUGGGGUCGGGAUCGGGGCCGGGGGUCCUGAGCGGUGGGGUGCUGGGAGUUGUGGGAUCGGCUGGGCGGCCUGAGAAGGAGGCUGGCGGGGGCGCAGGUGUUCGGGGGUGCAAAGUAAUACGGGGGGGGGGUGUUUGGAUAAGCUUGGGAUGCCGUGGCUGAGAUGGAGGCAGUGAUUUGGUCUGCUGGAGCCUGGGGUAAGCAAUGGGGCUGGAUCUCAGGUGCGGGAGGGGGCAGCUCUGGGGGCUGCAACAGAGUGCCGGGAGUAGAAGCUACGGCGUAGCCUUUCCAAAGGAAGGCUGCACAGCCGCGCCGCCACAGGCUGCAGCAGCCACUGGCUGGGUCGGGAGGUGGUUGCUGGUGGUGGUGAUGUGUUUUUUGUGAAUGUGGGCGAUUUUAUGAAUGGAGCUGGUUUUGUGUGAAUGAAGCCUUGAGUGCGGGGGCGGGGGCUGCGUCUCCUCGCGGCGUUCUGCACAGGGCUGUAGGGGUGGGGGCGCCUCUGAAGGCGUUUCGUGAAUGGAGCGAGCUGGGAAGUGCGUGCCUUGUUUUUGUGAAUGGGGCCCUACGCCGGGGAUCUCGUUACACUCUACCUGCUCUUGUUGCUUGCUCUGCCAUUCAUAAAACUUAAGCCAGAUUUGCACAUGGGGGAGGGGAUGCUAAUUGUAUUGUUUGGCUGUGUUAAAGGCUUUCCCUAGGGGUACGGGGGGGGAGAGGGGAGGCGAAUCGCAGCGGCCAGAUAGAAAAGCGGAUUUAGUACGCGCGACAUAAUGUUUUUAAAUAUGUUGCUUCCAAUCGCCGUUUUUGCCAAAAAAAAAUUUGCUCUGAAUCGACGGGGCAAGUUCGGAAUGGAAGAUAUUUGUGUCCGCGGUGAUAUUUAGGAGCAGUUUGCAACAGUUGACCAGCUAGGCUAGAUAAAGAAGUUCAUAACCGAUCUCGCUACCACCACCUUUCUCUCGUCCCUCUCUCCCCCCGCCGCCAACCCCAUGUUAUGAAACGCACUUACUCAAGUUUGUUUUUUUUUUAAGACCACAGAUUCUGUAUUUUUGAGAGGAGUUCGUAGAAAAUACUGCUUCUUUUAAACAAGCCAUAAAUCUCUCUUGUGUUUAAACUUCACGGUGAAUUUACUUAAGGGAUGACUGAAAACUGCCCUUUGCUUAGCAGAUUUCUUGAAGAUAUACAGGCUGUUCAAUAGCAGCAAAAGUUGCAUCAGCAGAACAAGGGACCGAGCAGUUUUCCAUUUCGCGCUGGGUCUUAUGCCAACCUAACAUGGAUAUUUCUUGCAGUGUGUUUUUAAGCUUUCGAGUAAAUUAUCCGAGAUUUCAAAGGUUUAGAUCAGCAAAAAAAAAAAUAAGCUACUUCAAACAAUGCUAGAAUGGCUACAGUACUAAGUACAGUUUCUGGUAGCAAUGAAAUCAAGGGAUCUUUUCGGUUUGCUUUGCUUAGGCGUAAGUAAAAGGGCAUUGGUUCUCUUUGUAACCUAGAGGAGUUGCAUGCAGAUAAUUAUCAUCUCCAGAAAGCCAAGCUGUUUCACUAACUCCAGUCGACUUUCCUGUGCACUUGUUGCUAUUUAUAUUUUAUCUUUCGACCAUGUAGGGAGAAAAUGUACUCCAAGCCAUGUGAUCUCUGCCUUAUAAUCCACGCCGUUCCCUGUGUUUGUUCUUAAGCGGUUGUAAUUCGCAUUUAGUGAUGUCACGACUGUUUCCAUAGUAACUCUGUGACAUCAUGGAUUAAAGGUUGGGGCUUUGGUGUGUUGAUUUAAAAAGAGCAGCAACCUAAUGAAUGGAUAUCAUAGCAACUAGCUAGAGGGGGGUUAAUACUAUAAUUUGUCUUCCUCCCUCCCCCAUGUUUAAUGUGUGUUAACUAAGCACAAAAGAUAAUCCUAAAAGCUUGCAGAACAUGCUCGUGUGCUGUUAGAGAUGGUCUCUUCAGGUGCCUUAAAGGCAGAACAUUGUCUGAUUCCUCUGUCUUUCUCUUCUCCCUUCCAGCCUGAAAUCUGCCAGAACUAGAUUCUGAAAACUCUUCUCAUCCUGGAAUUACUCAAUGCUAAAAACGUUCGAGGGAAUAUUAAAGAAUUUGCAAGCACAAUGGAUGGUUUUUAUGAUCAGCAGGUCCCUUUCAUGGUCCCUGGGGUAGGACUUCAUUUUUUUAAAUGUGGUUUUGUUUUCUUAUCAUGUGAUGCCCCCUGCUCCUUUGUACAAAGUUCAUGUUGCUUCUGCUCUUUUGUGUUUUUGAACGAUUGCCCUUCAUAGUUACAUUUCUUUGCUUCUACCAGAAACCUUGCACAGAUGAAUGUCGAGGCAGGCCAGUAAAUGACAGAAAAAGGAAGUUUCAGGACACUGACUUGGCUCAUGAUUCUGAAGGUAGCGAAGAAUUGCCUCCUUUUUUUGUUGUUGAUGUUUGAAAAAAGCAUCUUUGAAACAUCACCAUUUUAAGCAGCAUGUGUAAAAAGCAUGUAAGCAGAAAAAAAUACUCCAUUUUUUUGUUCUUAUUUUCUUUCAGAAUUGUUUCAGGAUCUCAGCCAGUUGCAGGAGGCUUGGUUAGCUGAAGGUAAAUCCUUGUUGAUAUCACAAUUCUGUGUCCCAUUGUGCUUUGAUAACCUAUUGGCUAUGAUAAUUGGUCGUGCUUGUCAUUUCUAUGGAAUCUUUUUUCUUUGUUCUUUUUUUGCUGUUUUGUAAUGUAUGACAUUAAUAUUUAUUUUGGCUUGUGAGCUCCUUUGUUUUUAGAUAAGGAAAUGUAGGGUUUAAUUUAUUAAUGAAUUGGUGAAAAAACCUUGUUUUCCCCCCUUUCUUUUAGCCCAAGUUCCUGAUGAUGAACAGUUUGUCCCAGAUUUCCAGUCCGAUAACUGUAAGUCAUUCUCUUGUUCAUUUGUCUGCCUGCUGUGAAAUCUGUAGUGUCAUUGCAAGAUGUGUGACAGGUUUUAGUUGCUCCCUUGGUUUUUGCUUCUGUUAAUUAAAUGUAGCUGCAAAGUGUAUUUUUGCAAGUUUUUUGUCAAAUCUGUGGAUCUUGACGAGAAGGGAGCAGACAGAAGGUGUGGACACUGACUGUUCUGUUAACGGCACUGCUUUAAUUGGCAGACUUAGGAUAUUUAUUUGAGCAUCUCUGGGGCUGCCUAUUAACCUUGAUCUCUGCAGAACCCUUUCAAGCCCCCAUGAAUACUUCAUAAUGUAAGAGAUAUUAAAAUCCAUUUGACAGCAAGCACAAGAGCACUCUGUCUCUCACCAGCCCUGUGCCUUCCAAUUCCCUCAAUGACUUUUCUGGCUAUUAUAGCCGCAGCUAUAGCGAAGCUGUGAAGGACAAAGCUUUGCUGGUGAAACUUGAGCAGCUUUAGGGAGCAUUCGUCAUUGGCAAGCCAGCAGCUCUGAGAAGGCGGCUAGGAAAGCCGUCCCUCUCGCACUGCACCACCCCCAAAAUUCUCCCUUACCUGCAGCAUCUGAGAGCUCAGCACCUGGGCCUCUGCAGGCAGCAAGCUAUUUAGGCACGCAUGCUUUCUGCAUAUUUUUUGACUGUGAUUUGGGGGCAUUAGAGGUUAAAGAAAAGCAAGAUGAUGUUCUUAAAAGUGUAAAGUGGAAAUGUUACUCCGCAUCCACUCAGGGUGUGUGUGUGUGUGUGUGUGUGUGUGUGUGUGUGUGUGUGUAGCUGUUCCGAUUGCCACAGAAUUUGAAGGGAAGAAAACAUAGCCUGCAGUGGAACGGAUUCUUGAUUCAAACUCUGUCACAGCAUGCAGUGGUGUAUCUUGUGCUACAGUAAAUGCAUGUUAAUUAUUGCCCUUUGAUUACUUUGAAGUAAGUGGGAAGCUUGCCAUGAAAGCUUCCUCAGACUGGUUGUGGUGUGUGUGUGUGUGUGUGUUUUCUUUCCUCCUCCCUGAGAUGAAAGGCAGCCUGGAGUAAGAAAUUUUCUCUCUGUGUUGACAUUCUAACCCAACCCUUCCAGUUCUCCUGCUCGGAGCAGUAUAAACUGCAGCCGGGCUGUGUGGGAGGAGAUGUUGUUGGCAGAGGCGCUCUCUCUCUCUCUCUCAGCAAGCUUUUACGGUUCAGGAGCCUGAAGGAUUGUGGGGAAAACAAAAUGUCUUCUCCAGAGUUCUGGGCCUCCGCAGCAAACCUUUUGUGAGAGGCAUUAGGAGUUCUGUUUGGGUUAAGAAGCCUUUUCCUUCUGGCCUGAGCAUCCUCUAUGUAUUCUGUGUUUGUGGUGAGCAGGUCGAUGGCAGGAGGGGAUUCUCAAUGGAAGCUGUUUAUAUAUCAAUGAGUAGCUUCCUGCCUGGAAUGGAUCUAGUAAUGCCAAAUUUAAAUCUUACUGGGACCAUGUGUUUGCAGGGGAGACAGGCUUCCCUUCUGACCUGUACAGGUCUUUUAAGCCACUCAGGCUAGUGAAACCAAUUGCCAGAGGUUGGAGAGAGGAUUGUGCCCUGUGUAUAGCAGAAGGGCUAAAUUCUGAGCGAAGAUGAGAAGGCAUAUCGCUAAAACCUGCUAAAGUUCCCAAAGAGCAAGGGGAUCUCCAAUAUUUACUUUUUUUAAAGGUGGAAAGAUAAUAUGGGGCCCAGAAUCUGCAAAGUGAAACUCUGUGGCCUUUGAGAGGCUCAGUAAUGCAGUUUGCUGUAUAGCACCAGAAUAGCUGAUUGAAUAGAUGAAUAAAGAGAAAUGAACAGGGCAUCUUUUGCACUUGAAAGGGUUUCUGGAGCUCUUGCUUAAUAUGUCAUAGAUGGAUGUAUGAUGAUUCAUGGUUUGCAUUAUUACUGUGGUUUCUGGCACAGAAAUCAACUGCUGCAUGAGUAACAUGCUAAUCCUAAACACCCUUAACUUGAGUUCCGUUUAAAAUUGGUGCGACUUGGUGCCAAGUAAAUGAGUUUAGAAUUGGGGCUGUUCAGGAGACAGUUGGUGCUAUUUUGCCUCAAAAUGUUUGCUUGGAAUGUGUGGUCUUAGAAUUAGGACCAGUCCUAUGUAUUUUAAUUUGGAUGAUGGUGGUGGGUUUUCAUUUCUUCUUCUGCUUCCUAUUAUGUAAUUACAUGAAUGUGUUUACUUGAGUACCCUUGUAGGUGGCACUUUGAAAAGCUAAUUCUUUUGCAAGGUCUAUAAAAAGCACAAUAUGUCUGCACACAUCUCUGCCUCUGUUCUGACUCUAGUUCUCUAAGAAUGGCACUGUGACAAGCUUUAGGUUAAGGUGCCUGUUUCCUAUUACUUGUUGGUCUUACUGUCCUAUUUUUAUUUUUCUACUAUUUCUCCCGCUUUAAUGAGGGUCUCUCCCAGAUGUUGGGUGGCAUCCAAUGCUGUCUGCACACUUGCGUAAUGAGACUUUGGGUUUCUCUUUGCCCCCCCCCCCACCCUCGUGCUCCCGAAAUCUACUCUGAAGGGUUGGGGGUUGCUAGGGGGAGGAGAGUAAGGAGAAGCCCCACAGCACAAGAGGAUGCCUGCUCACACUACCUUGGAUCUCGCCCACUGUGUUUUUCAGACAAUUGUUAGCGUUUGUUGAGCAGGCUCCAGAUGGCUUUCCUCUAUGGUAACGGUUCUGUUUUGGUGAGAGAGACUAAUUCCCUUGGCUAGCAAAUUACAUAAAGGUUAGCUCUCUCUGUGUUUGUGUGUGUCACCUCUGACAUCGCCAGUGGACAACUCUCUUCCCUUAUCCACGCAUCCUAUCCUGGGACAAUUUAAAAAUGCUUGGGAGGCUGAGCUCUCCCUUUCUGUGCCCACCAAGCACCUUAUUGCUAUUUGCUAUUUCAGGGGUUUCUUAUUGCUCAUAUUUUUUACAUUUUAAAAUGUGGGCUACUUUGGACAACUGAUUGAAAAAGUGAAAUGUACAAUGAAAAGAACAAAGAAAUGAAGAAAACGUCAGUGUUUUUUUAAAGGAAAAGUGAGAUAUAUACAUGAGUUGUAACUUGCCCAGGGAUAAUAUGAUGGUGAGGUUAAACGUAGAGUUAAUACAUAAAAUAUUGAUUAGAAUAAAUGAUCCUCAACCAAAAAAAGGUGCAGGAACACUUGUGUAGCCUCAACAUGGGAACCCAGCCAAGCUGCAACUCUUCCCCACCCCAGCUAUAGCCUGCCAUUUUGUCAACUUUUUUUUCUUCCUUUGGAGCAGUAAGGGUGUAUUUUCUCUUGAAGUAGCCUUCGAUAACCCUGUGAAGGUUAAAAGGGUGAACAGUUACAACCUCCUUCCUGUAUGUUCCUGAUAAUGACUUGAAUUAUUAAACAGGCAACUACUUCCUGUGGCUAAGGAUGGUUUUGUGGAUAAAGAUAAAGGGGCCGAGGGGGACAAUGGUAUUUCAGAGAGUUGAUAACAGUCUUGAAGAGGGAUUGUGGUUCCUAAUGUAUACACUCGAACUUGUUUUACUUUAUGAUUUAUUGUGCUGCAUCUCGACUUGCCUACUAUAUUUAAGCUCCAUUGCGGGUCUUAAGUUAGCCAUCACUAACUUAGCCCUUUGUUGUUGUUUAGUCGUGUCCGACUCUUUGUGACCCCAUGGACCAGGGCACGCCAGGCACUCCUGUCUUCCACUGCCUCCCGCAGUUUGGUCAAACUCAUGCUGGUAGCUUCGAGAACACUGUCCAACCAUGUCGUCCUCUGUCAUCCCCUUCUCCUUGUGCCCUCCAUCUUUCCCAACAUCAGGGUCAUUUCCAGGGAGUCUUCUCUUCUCAUGAGGUGGCCAAAGGAUCUGUCCUUCCAGAUCCCUUUACUCAGGGCUGAUUUCCUUCAGAAUGGAUAGAUUUGAUCUUCCUACUGUCCAUGGGACUCUCAAGAGUCCUCCAGCACCAUAAUAACUUAACCCUAUCUUCUAUGAAUGGGUACUGGCCAUGAUGGCUUUGUCCUACCUCCAGUGUCAAAGAGGCAAUAUGUCUCUGAAUACCAGUUGCUGGGAAUCACAAGUGGCAGAGAGGGCUGCUGUUCUCAAAGCUCCCAUUGUUUUCUGCACAUUUUGCGACAGGGAAUUUCAUCAGCGCAAGCAGUUUCUGAGCUCUGGGUGCAGUACUGCGCCGAAGAUUUCAGAUUAAAACUGCAGAGUGGAAGGAAAGGAGGACCUUUUUCUGCCUCCCCACUUCCAGCUACUCUCUGAAGACUGGAGAAGAGACCCUCUUAAGAAUAUUAGGGUGGGUGGGCAGGGGAAGGAAUAGACCACGUGAAGAAUGAACAUAAUGUUUUAGCUGCAAUUCAUUCAUUUUCAGCUUUGUAUUCUUGUUAUUAAAAAGCAUGUCUAGACGUUCCAUUGUUGUGCCCUUAACCUAGGUUUAAGAUGCCUUUUAGCUCCUAGCUUUCAUAUCUCAGUUUCUAACACUGGCUGUCCUGUGUCCUGCUGGCGGGCUUCCCAUAGGCGUCUUCUGGUUAGCCACUCUGAGAACAGGAUACUGGACUAGAUGGGGUUUUGGCCUGAUCCAGUGGUGCUCUUUGCAUCUUCUUAACUCCCAUUGUUUUCAAUGGUUCUACUCUUAAAUCAGAAUUCAAGCUGUUGCUCCAGUUAAUAACUUUAUUUAUAAGGUGGCUUACACAAAAUCAACACAGCGAAACCUAAGACGAGAGUGAGAUGCAACAAAAAACAAAUACAGAUUACAUUUGGUAAACUGAUCUGGAUCAGUGUACACCUGCUUAAGGAAUGGCAUACACUUAGGGCAACACCAGCCUGGCAUUUGAGCCUUAAUCUCCUUGCCUCUUGUCUUUGCAGAACGGAUGAGGUCAGAGAUCAAGGGGCAAGUUUUUGUAUCCUUUUGUAUGGGGAAUAACAUUUAACUUUCGUUCAGAGUCAGCUCAUUGAAAUUACUGAAUGUAUGUUUGCCAUGGCCAUUAAUUUUAAUGGGGCUACUCUGAGUAAAAAUCUGUAUAAUGCUACUCAUACAUCAUAGGAAGCAGUUCUCUUCUUAAACAACUUUCAGUUCUCUUGAAAAUAUUGUUGGUCUCUCAACAAUGAUCUCUGAGUUGUGACAACAUAGCUAAAGAAAGUGCCUAGAUUUCUGCUGAUCAACUCCCAUCUCUUUCAUCAUGAAGUACCGGUAUUUUUAACCAGUUGGGGUCAAUUCACAUGAAAGACUAUUUUGAUAAUACACUAGUGCCAAGAAUGGGUAGAGAAUGUUGAAAACUCAGAAUUAUGCUUCCUGCACUUCACUUUUUCCUUGGUGAAAGCAUACAAGUGCAUUUCUCUGUGUGUGUGUGUGUGUGUGAGAGAGAGAGAGAGAGAGAGAGAAUUUGAAGAAAUUGGGCAAUUGUUUUCUGGUUUGCAUCACAUCUAUUUGUAGACACCCUUUAUGGGUCAGAAAAAGGGGAAAGAAGAGCAGAGUUCAGAGAUAAGUUCAAAAUUGCAUGAAAAGCCUUGAAGCAUAGAGACUUUGUCCCUUGCCCCUUCAUCUCUGACCUCGUCAGUUCUGCAAAGACAAGAGGCAAGGAGAUUAAGGCUCAAAUGCCAGGCUGGUGUUGACCUGAGUGUACGUCAUUCCUUGAGCAGGUGUACACUGAUCCAGAUCAAUUGGCUUUCCAUACCCACAAAGCCACACGGUUACCAAGCAACCUGUUUGUGUGUACAAGUCACUUAGGAGUUGGGAGCAAGCCGCUUCAGUGUGGAAACCAGGUAAUGAUGGCUGCACAUAAGGUCAUGAGCAGGUGGUUGGUAUCAUGCAAGCAAAGAUACAUCCCUGCAUAGAGUCUUAAAUAGAUAUCACCAGCUUUCUAACUGCAGUGUGAGGAUUUGAGCACAAUGCAGUAUUGGCAAAGAGUUUGUGGCCGCAUACCCUGAUAUCACCCAUGCAGGCGCUACAAACAACACUGUGACUUCUGAGAAGUCGCUUUCCAUAGGGAAGUAUCCAACGAACACAUCCUGUCAGCGCAAGGGUUUCCAUUUGUGCAACAUAGCUUUUCCCCCCGUACACCCCCAAAAUCUGUUCUAGAGGUUUCCCAAGCCUUCCAGAACAGAUUUGGGAAUGGCGCAGGGUAUGCGCAGGCGGAGGAGGGGGGAAGUUCCAUUGCGCAAGCGGAAAUCCUAUGUGCUGACGGGACACGUUAGUUGGCUACUGCCCAAACAGAUUAGAUAAUUUGCCUCCUUUGGGCCACAGGCUCGUCUUUUGACUCUAGUUCUGUUUUUCCAGCUUAUGGAUGUGUGUUUCCUCCUCUGAAAAGUGUGCGAGUCAUCAGACUCAUGGUGAAAAUGCCUAUUUCAGCACAGGCCUCCAUCAGGAAAAUCACAUGGUGCAGCUUUUGCUGCACUGUUUUGCUUGAGAGUGUGGAUGGGGAAUUUCAUUCCCACCAUCCGCCCCUCAAAAGGAUUCUCAGCAACUAGAAAGAAAGCAAAUCCAAGGAAAGGAGUAUCAGGCUAAACAUUCUCCUUGAUGUGCUAGGUUUCUAUAUGCAGGGAGAUGUCAGGGGGAGACAUGCAUUCCAGCACAUGAUCCCGCAAAGAAUCUCUAAAGUGGUGCAGUCUAGCAGCACCACGUGACUCUGCUGAUGGUGUAUUCCAGGUCAUUCUGUUUGCAAAGUUAGAGCUAAGGCAAUAGGAGAGAGAGUGACUAAUUUUGAAAUUUGGACAUUCAGGAUCAAAUGGGACACCUGUAUUCUAAACAUCUUCCACCCUCUGAAAGCUUACCUCUCUAAACUGGCAAACUGUACCAUGAUAACUUCUGGUGGAAGCGGUAUUGUGGUGUCUCUGCUAUGGCAUCUGUGAAUGGGGUAGAGAGCUCCGCUGGCACAAAGCUCUUUGCAUGCAAGUUCCUGGCUGAUUUCUUGGUGCUGGUUCAGCAUCUAUUGUCCUGCUUCACUGCCAGUGCACAGAUAAACAAGGCAAAAGCCCUUGGCGCCUCCUCCCCCAAGCCGCGCUGCAUUCCUGACUUCCUCUCUACCUUGGCGUGUUGAGACAUAACCUAUAGUUGUGCUGCUUGCUUGCUUCUUUCUUUCUAGGUUCUAAUUAUAGUUAAUGUAUUAGAACAGGGAAAUGAGAAUGUGUACUUUCUCUGGGGCAGACACACAACACACACACAAAUAUCUGCCUUUGAGGCACUGAGCUCUUCCUCUGACUGCUGGCAUAGGUGUGUGUACCACAAGUCAGCACCCAAGGAAGGCACUUUAGGGAUGGGCUGCUUCUCUUGUUGCCUGGUAAGGCUUCAGAGGCUGCCGUUGCUAGUACAGUGGUACCUCAGGUUACAGACUCCGCUAACCCAGAAAUAGUACCUCAGGUUAAGAACUUUGCUUCAGGGUGAGAACAGAAAUCGGGCAGUGGCGGGAGGCCUCGUUAUCUAAAUUGGUGCCUCAGGUUAAGAACAGUUUCAGGUUAAGAAUGGACCUCCAGAAUGAAUUAAGUUCUUAACCCGAGAUACCACUGUACAGUAAUGGAUUAAUAUUUAGUGGUUAGGAGGGGUGUGCAAGGGGGGGGGGGAGAGAUAGUACCUUGAUUUUCAAACAGCUUAGUUCAUGAACAACUUGGAACUCAAACGCCGCAAACCCGGAAGUAGGUGUUCCGGUUUGCGAACUUUGCCUCGGAAGCCGCGCCUUGGUUUCCGAACGUUUCGGAAGUCGAAUGGACGCAUUCCGUUCGAAAUCCAAGGUACGACUGUAUUAAAAGUUUGAUUCGCUUAGGAUGUUUUUAGGUGGAGGUGGUGUUUUGUUCCUUUACCCCUUUGGCUGCUCAGAAGCAGCAUAAUGCAUGUCUGUCACUUGCUUGAUCAGGAUUUCCAGACCUGUCACAAAUGUGCAUCUUCAGUGCGGAUGCUGCCUGCCUUACUUUGUUUGAUGGAAUGCACACUUGGAUAAGUGAUCCAGUGGGCAUCUUGCUGUGGAUUGAGGGGGGGGGCAGCAUCCCAUUGAAAACUUGGCAGUUCCAGCAGGCAACGUCUGCACUUGAACCUGUGUCUGAUUUUAUCCAGCAGCCCUUUUAAACUGCAACAGUGCUUUGGCUUUCAUGGAUGGAAGCGGGGAAAGGGAGCUUGUGGUCAUCCAGAUAUUGUUGUGAGGAGGGACUUCUUCUAGAUAAGCAGGAUUUCCCUUCAUACUACAGAGGCCUCUUCAGUUUGUGAGGACUCCUUCCAACCCUACCCCCAUCUCCCUUGUUUGCAUCCAGCGUUUCCAUGCAGGAGACAUCCAAUGGGGUGGGAUGAGAGUGAUUUUUCAAGCUGAAAUAUUGUGUGGGUGGGACAUCAAAAGCCAGCCUGUACAGGCAAGUCUUGGCUGGGCUCCUAAAAGAGUUCAUAUGGGCAAAUAUCUGUGAGCCUGUGCAGUGAGAGAGUUGGCAGAGGGAUGUGCUAUUGUACUUUGUUAUCCUCUGUCCUGGGAAAGGUGGUAUCAGACUUAAAGAAACCAAGCCAUGUUUUGAGGUUCAGCACUGCCCACCUUCCUAGGAGCAGGGCGUUUGGUGUAGUAUCAUCUGGCUGUCCAGAUGAAUGAUGGACUCCAUCUUCCAUCAGCUCCAGACAGCAUGGUCAAUGGCUGGGAAUGAUGGGAGUUGUAGUCCAAUGACAUCUGGAGGGCCAUAGGUUCCCCACCUCUGCUGUAAACAGUGGGAGGACUCCUGGAGAGAGAGAGAGAGGCCAAUAAGAGCUCUGCAGGUUGAAACCAAAAACUGGGGCUGUCUCCAGAAGCUAACAUGAGAGCCCAUGUAACUUGCAUAGGAUGUUACACGACUUAAGCAACAUGUUACAGCUUCCAAAUAUCCUUCAAGAGCUGCCCCUUCUUGAACUCAGUAAGAAAGUGCUUUUUUUCCUAAAUUGUAUGUGUUUCUUUUUAUUUGGCAUUAUACUAGCAACACCUUUUGUCUUUCCUCCUCCGGGACCCCUAUUUGCUGUCUUUUUUCCUUUUGUGAGCAGUUUUUGAGCAAUUAGCACCAAUUUCACAACGCUGUAGUCCUCAAGAAAUGCCAUUUUUCCUACACUGGGGAUAAUUAGCCCCUAUCUUAAUCCUUCCCAUAAAUGCAGGGGCUACAGUAGCUACUAACAGAUGGAGCUGAGAGUGAGGGCACUGUUAGCAUUAAAAGGAAAUAUUCUGUCCACUGGCAGGCAGCCGUUGUUUUGAAGGGAAAAAGUUGAUUUUACAAAUUAUUUUUACUCCCCACCCCCACCCCGGCCAAAGGGCAUUUCCGGACCUCACCACAAGUGGGGUUGCACAAUCAUUUGCAAUGAACUCUUUGGAGAGGCUGACUCCCUCCUAGCUAUGCAGGCUGUUUCUGCAGUGUUUGAAUUCCUUACAUAAACGUUGCCCGCAGCACAAGCUUCUCUGUGCAGGACAGCUGGUCUCUGUUAUGAUCUUAAGUGUCAUUUCCCUUCCCCUGAUUGGUAGCGCUCAGCUGUGGGGAGAGAGAGGGGUUUUUUUUGUGAAUGGAUGGAGUAUUCCAAAUUGGUUGUGAAUGGAGGGUGGUGCCUGCUUGCAGAUUCUCUCCCCCUCCCUCAACCUCCUUCUUCAAUGAAUAACUAAGCCCCAUUGUGCUGCUGGCAGAAAAACAACCGCUCAAACAACACAGAGACUGUUGGAAAGAAACAUGCUUGUGACUGACAGCUGGAACACCUCCAAAGUGAGUUUCCUGCUGUUUGCUGCUCAGCAAGGCCAUGCCUAUUAGGAAGUGGGGGUGGGAGAGGACAGAGAGCAAAUUAUAGGGAGUGGGGGGACGGGGACACAUUAACACUUGAAAUGCCAACAUACUGCCAGAAUGAAAAUGUAUGAGAAAUGCAGCUGCUAGUGGUUUUUUUAAAUAAAAACAAAAACACCAGAGUUUAAUGAAAUGAGUUGUACUCUUGACUUAUUGUAUAGCCUUUUCAAACAAGCAAAACCUUAUCCCUAAAAAAAAAAAAAAAACAAGCAGCUCAAUCCAAGGCACUCUUGGCUCUUCUACUUUGCCCUCCCGUAGAAAGAAGGAUUUGAACAGGUCCAGGGCUUAGCACUAAAUGUUCCCUCCCAGAUGUGUCCCAACUGCCCCAAAGGAGUGGAUGUCUCUGCCCAUCUCUGGGAGGCUUUGACAGCACAUAGAAUGCAGGGAACUGCUAAUUGGCGGUGAUGGCUGGAAGCUGUCAGACUCAGGCUAUCCUCUCUCACGGGCAAUGGCUGUGCGCUUAGCCUUUGUGGAGAUAAUACUCCACUUCCGACUAAGCCAAGCUGUUCUGUUCUGUCACUAUUUAGGUACAGAACUCUGACGCACUUGCCUUCUCCUAGAACGUCUUCUUUUAGAAAUUAAUUAGGCUAAGCAUAUAUUAGUUGGUUUAAAAAUUAUAUAUAGUAGAAGAACUCUCUGCUGUGGCAUGAGGGCCAUCGCCAGCCUUCCCUUCAUUUUGAGUUCAGCAUUUUGGCAUUUUAGAGGACCUGGGUCCUCUGAACCCCUCCCCUCCCUCCCCAGUUUAUAUACCUUCUGGAGACCACUUGCUCUUUCUAACUCUAAUCGGAAAUCUGCUUCCAAAUUGCAAAGUGGCAGAAUGCGUGCAAGUUGGAAUGCAUUCUCUUUGGCGAUUGCAGAAGGAGAAUAGGGUAUGACUUCCAUUUCCCUUUGGAGGAUUAUUGACUGGUCUAGCCAGGGCAACGUGCAAUCUCCCAGCAACUGUCCAGUGUGCUCCAAACUGGUCUGUGUUUUUCUUGAUGCCCCCACAAAGCAUGGGAAAAGGGCCACAGCUCAGUGGAAGAGCCCAAGCUUCCAAUACCUAGCAUCUUCAGGUAGAGCUGGGACAAAACCCUGGUCUGAAACCCUGCAGUGCCAUGACCAGUCUGCCAGAUGGACAAAUGGCCUGAUUCCAUAUAAGGCAGCUUCCAAUGUCCCUAUGCUUCAUCUGGAGCAAGAUAUUCUCUUGUGAUGGAAAACCAGGUUUGGUCUCCUUCAGAAUACAUUAAUCCAGAUGCUGGAACAAAUAACCUGCCAUUCUGGGCUUUGUGUUUUCUGCAGCAUUGCAGUGAGUAAGCCCCUGCUGUUAUCCCUCUGCAGAGGUGGGGAGGAGUAUGCUGUAAAAGGCAAGUUCCUCUAGCAGGACAAUUAUCUGUGGAGUAAAAGGAUGGGAGCCAAUUAGACUGACAGCUUCCACCAGAACUAAUGCUAGGGAAGCCAGUGCCUGGAAAACGUGGUGGUGCAAUAUGGUGUAACAGUAGAAGUGUAUUGGGUGACAUUAAGGAAUGAGGCUCUAACCUGCAGGUCUCAAGUGUAGCAUAGUGAUUGAAAGGCACCUGGGAAACUAGAUGGAAUAAUGGAAAUUAUAACAGAAGCUCUUAAACAGACACUACUGGCAACUAAUGAAAACUUAUUACGUUAACAGGAAUAGAAUGGUAGCUGGUCCACCAGGGUAAUUUUGGUAUUUCUAUAUAGAAUAGAUGAUGAGGGGUGGGGUGGUUCCUUCCCCUGCCCCAUCCCUAAAUAUCAUGCCACCUUUUGCAACAAUAUUAGAGGCAAUGACCAAAUCUCAGAACUCUAGGAUAUAACACUUCCUUCUGUUAUUUGGGGCUCAGGCAGUCAGGCCAAAAGCUUCAAGGGCUUUCCCCCCUGCUGUUGAGAUACGUUUUGCUGCAAGCUUUAAAGAUCUUGCCAGUUUGGCAGUACAUUCCUAUAUGGGGAGGAGCAUGCUGCCGCAGUUGCCCAGAUGAACAGAUGAUGACAGAAGUGAUUCUGAUGGCACAUAAUCUUGCUGAAACAGGGAUCUGGGACAUUCUACACAAUUCUGUCUUAAACCUAGGAAAGACCAUUCUAGCUGAGAUUAGGGUGUGUGCUUCGUGCCUGUUGGUUAAAAGCUUCCUGUGGAGAAACUACAUUCAUGCAGCUUUUGCACAAGUUUGGUACUGCCUUGUGUAGUAACAUAGAAUGCAAAUAAUGCUGUCAACAUGAUGUUUUGCGUGCUUCAGAGAUGAGAAUGUACCUCUUAAAAUGAGGGACCUGAUGAAAAGACCAACUUAGCCAAUGACCAAAUGCAGACAUUUGUUGGAUUCAGCACUGUGUAUUUUUAGAACCAGUUAAGCUGAGAGUUGCUGUGACCCUUGUUGAGGCGAGGUGUUUUUUCUAACAAGGUCGUUCCCUGCUUUGUAAUUUAUCACCCGGCAUUGGCAUAGCUGCAGCCCUUGCAUCCUCGGAAGUGGACUUCUGUUGCCAAGUCUUGUUUAGGCAGUAUAGCGAUGUGAAGGAUGCAUCCCUCUCAAAGGGACAUUGGAAUGCUAGGAGAGCAAGAUUGAACGAUCCAAUUACAAGCCUAGUUCCCUUAUUUCUCUCCAUGGAAGCUCAGGACAGGUACUUGCCCAAAUUAGCCACAUCCCUUGACAUUUUUCGAUAGCAUUUAUUUUUGUUGUGUUGGCAUAAAAUGAGGUGGAAGACACAGAGGAGUUGUGUUGCACUCAGAGUGAUCCUAGAAAUCCUUAUGUGUGAGACAAGAACAGUUGGUGUGAUAUGCAAGUACUGGAAGUCAUUGGUGUGGAAUCAUUUUUGCCUUACAGCUCUGUAUUUCAACCGCAAUGUUUUUUUCAAGCUGUAUUCCAUAGAGGUUUAGUGGAGUUCCAUAAAAUGCAGCUUGUGUACCAUUAACCAUAUUUUCCUGCAAUACGCAGCUUGCAGCCAAGGGCUGAGUUUGUUUCAGAGGCACCUGAGGACAUGCCCUAGGCCUAGAAUAUGCCCCAGAAUUCCCUGCAACAUGCAUGAUUACUGCUGGAAAGGAAGGGUGGUUAAACUCCAUGGUUCUAAUAGAAUCCUAUUCAAGAUGUAGAAAUCUGCUCAUGAUUAUGGUACCAAACAUGUGCCACCAUAUUCUCAGUUCCUCUGUGUAUACAAUCUGGUAUCCUGAGUUCUCCUCAUGUUCUGUUCAUGCUAUCUUGGAAUAUGCCAGAAAGUGGAGGUUUGGUCCUUGGGAAUGAAAAGUUGUAAAAGCCAUGCAGAAACAAGUGUUCUGUGACAAUUACCACCCCCAUGUUCUCAUUCAUACCCUCCUUUUCCCCACCCUAAAAUGCUCUUGCUGCUGCCAGCAGUUAAUCUUUUGCUGUUGUGAUGCAAUGCCUGCUGUAUCCAAGUCUAGCAAUGGGGGGUUCUGCCAUUCACACAGCCUCCGUAGUUCUGACACAUUGCUGUGGAAGUCUAAAUGUGCACCUCUCCAAGGACAAGUAACUCUCCUUAAGGCAAGGAGAGAGCUGUGCAUGCAUGCUCAUCACUGUGUAGUGCUGUGACACUAGUAUGCACAACUUUAGCUCUGGGGCAGUGAGCAAUGUCUGGUUGCAUGUUUUUGGUUAUUCCAAUCCAUGGGAAUAUGUCCUAAAUUACAUGAUUGAUUGAUUGAUUGAUUGAUUGAUUGAUUUGUUUUUCUUCCACUUUUAAUUUUUAUUCAGUGGUACUUCAUGGACCGCCCCCAGCUAAGAUCAAGAGGGAACUCCACAGCCCUUCUUCUGAGCUGUCUACCUGUAGCCACGAACAGGUGCUCUGUGCUAAUUAUGGAGAAAAGUGCCUCUACAACUAUUGGUAGGUUGGAUGCUUUUGGAUGGCUUGGGGAAGCAUGGAACCUGAACUGGGUUCAGUUACAAUUUGCCUCAGUUAUGCUGAUAAAAACAUUAAGAACCACCUAGCUGGGAGCUGAGCUUGGUAGGCAAAGUUGGGACCAUCAGGGAAGUAGAAACCAACUUAGAUUUGCAUUCCAUUUCUAGGAAACCAAAUACAUGCCCAUGUUGUAGUGCUAGUUAUUACUCAGUAUUCAGAUGAUUUGACUAAUGGGCAGAAAGUUUAGAAUCCACUCUCCAAAUCCUUCUUGUGGUUAACCACAUCCCUUGGCAGUAGGUCACACAUCCAAAGAGCAUCAUAUGUGCUGGUGCUCAUGGUACCUGUGAUCUUCUAAACUUAAGAUAUUCAGGAAGCUUCUUCAACUAUAAAGCAAAUGACAGUCUUAACAUUUACUGCUAUCGGGGCUGAGUUACACCAGGCCCUUUCUCGUGUAUCAAAAAUCUUCAAAUGGCAGUGGGGAGGAACACAUAGUAGAUUGCUUGUGUCUUAUCUGUACAUGCAAUCUCUGAAGCAGACAUGCAUGGCUUUUGCUCACAAGUGUACAUAGAUAUAUACUCCAUCUUACACUCAUGUAGGUGGGAAAGCCACAUUUGAAGCAGCCUGUGGGCAUGAUUGUGUGUUGGUGAGUGGCAGGCUUAUGUGCCAUUCAGAUCGCAGCAAAUUCUUGUUGGUUAUCACAAAUGGGGGAAGAGAAAGCUUCCCCCCCCCCCCAUGUUUUUCAAUACAAUGAGUUUGUUCCUGAAAUAAUGGUGAUUUUUUUUAUAUAAGAAAAAGCAACAAUUGGAAGCUACAGUUAUCUCCGAGAAAAUUGUGAGCGAAGUGUUUUCAAAAUGAGCCCUAUGACUCAGCCUGUUUUGUCGCUUGCCUGAAGUACAAAGAUUCCCUUGAGGCUGUGAACAACCUCAACUGUUACUUCCUGACAACCAUGAAAUGCAAACAAGCCAGAGCUGUCAAGUACAGCUAGCAGAAGCUGUGGAAAUGGCUGCUGCCCAUAUUUAUUACGGCCCUCUCUAUCUUCUGUUCACACAGUGCCUACGACAGGAAGCCCCCUGCUGCGUUCAAGCCAUUAACUCCGCCUGCCACCCCAGCCUCACCUGCGCUCCAGAGCACCUCCCUUCCACCCCCGCCUCUGCCAGCAGCACCUGCCCAAACUCCUGCCCAUGCCCCCAGCACAGGCCCUCUGCAGGGAGCGCCCCCUCCACCUGUCCCUCAUGCCCUUCAGGAACCAAGGCAGCAAACCUUCGCUGUUCCCCGGCCGCCUCAUCAACCUAUUCAGAUGCCAAAGAUGAUGCCUGAAAACCAGUAUCCAACAGAACACAGGUAAAGAGAGAAAAGUACAUUGGUUCUUUCUGUUUUCUUUUUAAAAAAUCUGCAUUCAAGGGCAUUUUUUUUAAUGGCGCUAAAAUAUAAACUUGGCAGCAUUGCUAGUGCACACAGAUUGGCACACUGAAGCGCUGCGUGUCGUUCUUGAGUGCUGUUGGGCGAUUCUGGGGGACAAAGUCUUGUUCUUAUUGCAAGAAGGCAUGCAGCUAUAUCCUGAAGUCGUUGAGGAAUGCCUUGUUUGAUUGUUUGAAGUCAGGGGAAGAUGUUCAAUUUGGAAUUGAGGCAAAAGUUCACGACUUCAGAACUAUGACUCAUAGCUGAAUUUACUUCCCUGGUAUCUAAGGAAUGUGGCUUUCUGGCAGGCAGCAUCCCACUUUCUGGUCCUGCCAUCCCGGGCACAUUGUAUGCUGGAUGGAUGCUAAAUUAGGGUUGCCAUAUUUCAAAAAGUAAAAACCAGGACACUCCGAAAGUUGCCCUAUGCUAAAUUUAAUAACUGCCGGCACUUUGAAUCUUACCAUUUUAAUAUUGGGUACUUGGGACCCUUUCAAUUGCCUUCCUCCUCUUCUGAUGUAGGAGGCCAGCCUUUUCCACUCUUCUUCUCAUUUGCCUUGGGAGAAAAUGGCUUGGCUUCUUCCCUUUCAGGAGUAACCUACUCCUACAAGAGACCAUUGUUUCAGCUUUACAGAAUACGAAUUCAUCAACAGUCAGGCCUGUCUUUCAAACUGGAACACACCAUUUCAUUUAUUAUUAAAGAUUUAUGUCCUGCGCUCUGAUAAAAUGGAAAUGGAAAUAAAAUUUAAAUAGAUAAAUAGAUAAAACUGAAAUAGAUUCAAUUCUUAUCUUUUAAUAGUUUCUCAGGGGCUUAUUUAUCCUGCUUGUAUUCACAAUGGCAUUUGCCAUCAAUGAAACCCUAAUGUGCUUGGUUGGUUUUGUUUUUCCAUAAAGUUCUCUAAUCUCCUUUUCCUUUCCUGGUGAUUCAUUGAUCCCCAAGACAAAACAGUGCCCUGGUUCACACAACACGCUAAGCCAAACCUUGGUUUAGCAAGACAGUGUGGGCUCCGGGAGAAGCCAUUUUGCUGCUCUGCCGCACUGCACAAAGCCAAAGUUUGGCUUAGCAUGUCAUCUGAACUAGGACUUGUGGUUGAGCCCUUUCUUCACUAAACACAAAAGGUGCUUCCCUGUCCUGUAUUUUAUGAUUGCUCUCUGUGCUGUGGUUUAACUGAUUUAGGAUAUCUGCCAAAAAGAUGGUUAUAAAUCUCUCUCAUUCUGAGCCUGCACUGAUAUUUGCAUUGCCAUUGAUCUUUAUAGCUAUCACUGUUUUCCAGUUGCCAGCUCCCUGUGGUGAAUGACUCGCAUUAGAUUUAACAGAAAUUUGUGCACUUGAUAUUGUGCAGUCUAUGUCUCCUGCUUUCAUUCUCUGGCAUGCCUGAUACUUCAGCCUUCCCAUCUUUACUAGAAUCCUUUUUCUCUCACAAUUGGGAUUGGUGACCUUGUGUAAUUACUGCAAACUCCUUUGACACUUGCCCAAAUUUUAUUCCAACUGCUUACAUCUCGGUGGUUCUUGAGACACAUCCCAGUUCCCCAAGUGUUGAGCAGAAGGCUAGGAUCCUAAGCCCACAGGAACCCCAAGUAAUGGGAUUUCACAACUAGAGCUGAGGAUAGCUUCUGUUUGGGUUCUUUGUUUUGCUGUUCAGGAAACUACUCUGCCUUUUUGGCCACUGUAGAUGUUCCAGAUUUGCACAGGGCGAGCUUUUAAAAGUGCCCUGAAUUAUUUGCAUGGAUGCAAACCCUUGCAAAUGGGCCAUGAAACAGCCAGCAUUUGGCAAGGAGGCAAUUCUUAGAAAUGCAAUCAGCCCAUGUGUAUGUAGCUCAUCUGUGCACGUCUUCCCCAUAAAAAAAAGAAAAAAAAAUAUUGAGUAGGGGACCAAUGUGAAAUGAGCUCUUAAAGCUGGAGCAGGUGGGGGUGGGGAGGACUUGAAGGUCGGUAUGCAAAGCUACUCAAAUCUGUUUUGUGCAGAAUGCCGUGAGAAAUGCUCUGCUAAUCUACACAAGAGAUGAAACCAUAGGAACAUAAAUCAACAUGAAAGCUUCAAAAGAUGAGCUUACCUCCAGAGAGAGAUCUGUGCUCAUCUGUCUCUGUGACCCUAUCUCCACCUCAUUUCUUUCUUUUUCUUUCUUUUUUAAAAAGCAGCUUCUCUCUAGCACCAGCAUCUAAAAUUGCUUUUUUAGACCCCCAGGCCCUGAGCUCCCAAUGACCUUAAAGCUAUGCUAGGGACACACUGCACAGUCCCAUCUGGAAGUCCCUCUUCCUGCAGCGGCCAUACCAGCACAGCUCUAGAGUUACAUUCUGGAAGGUUAGAAGGAGGUGGAUCGGAAGUUGAGUAAUCUGGGCCUGUCAGCUGCAGAGGAUCAUGUUACAAAGCCAAAUGGAGCCUGUGCGCCUCUGGGUGCUUGGGAAAGGAAUUGAUUGAUAGCAAUCGCCUUUCAAAGUGUGAAGAUGCCUCAGCAGAGCAGAGGGAAGGGAGAGGGCGGGCCUUGCUUGCCAGCCUCUCAGAAGGAGGACUCAAGGGGCUUCUCCCCUUCUGCAGCUUGCUUAAUCCUUUUAGGGGCUCACCCAGACACAUCUAAUUUGGGAGAUAUAGAGCUAUUUCAGGUGCCCAUCAUCCAGAUGUCCAGGUUCUCUCCCCCCGCCCCCCGCAAGCAUAAAUAACUGAUAGGGAGAUGUGUCUAUUUUUAUUUUUUUAUUUAUUUAUUUUUAGAUUAUUAUUUUUAUACCGCUUUAUAUUUUUAAGAAAAAUCACAGUGGUUUACUGCAUAUUGAAUCAAUAAAACAAUCUGAAGAAAGUCAAAUAUAGAGUAUACAGUCAAAGCAACAGAACAGAAAACUAAAAUAUUAUCUUAAAGAUUUCAAAAUAAAACAUCACAAAGGAGGUCCACUACAGAAUACAUACAGUGGUACCUUGGGUUACAGACACUUCAGGUUACAGACUCCACAAACCCAGAAAUAGUACCUCGGUUUAAGAACUUUGCUUCAGGAUGAGAACAGAAAUCGUGCGGCGGCACCGGGAGGCCCCAUUAGCUAAAGUGGUACCUCAGGUUAAGAACAGUUUCAAGUUAAGAACAGACCUCCAGAACGAAUUAAGUUCUUAACCCAAGGUACCACUGUAUUUAACAUCUCCAGCUGUUUUUAGACUCCAGUUCCCAUCAUCCCUGACCACUGGUCCUGAUAGCUAGGGAUGAUAGGAACUGUAGUCCAAAAACAGCUGGAGAUCCAAGUUUGGGAAACCCUAGUGUAUACAGUCCCCACAGCUGGUUCCUGUGAAUAAUGGAGGCAUCCAUGGAAAAUGGUCCUGCCUAUUUCAAGUCAUUUCCCAUCCUUUUAAGAAUCCAACCAAGAAUCUGGUCCACUCCAGGAAGCUAAGCUAACAUCUGGACAUGCACUUAAGAGUAAUUUCUUCCUAAAUGACUCUUUUCCUUUUAUCUCCAAACCCUUUUCAAGACACUGAAAAAGCCCCAGGCCAGAGUGGCAUUCUGUCAAUAGGUGUUCUGUUAAGAUCUUAGAUCUGAGGAUGAGUGUUGCUGCUCUCCUCCCAGGCCUCUGCUUUGUUGAGCCUCUGUGUGUUCCAUAUAGCCUCAAAGCAUUUCAGAAAGCACACACAUUUUCUCCUGCAUGGAGAGUUAAAGGCUUUAAUCCCUCGCCUUAUAGACAGAGUAGCAGCCACUUUGCAUUCAUAGAUUGCUGAGUGGAUUCAAAAUUACAUAACCACUUGUUUGGUUUACUAAAACGUAGCCAUAGUGAAAUAGUCCUGUUCCUGUUCUUUGGCAAAGGGCACGCUGCGUCUUCCUUUCACUGGAGAUGGUCUUGCCCAGUUGAUGGUCUAGCUUGAUUAGUUCUAAGGCUGCUCCAUCAUGAUGUUGUCCCCCAGGGCUGUCAUAUAUUAAGUCAGGUGUGGGGCAAGUAAAAUGAUUGGUCAAAGGGAGUUUGCAGGUGCUGCUGAUUGGUAGCAGCUACAAAGCCCAUGGUGCAGUGUUUUGCAAGUGCUGCCAAUCUGCAUGCAAAGCUGAGCAGAUACUUCUGUCUCAUUCCAGCUCCUUCUAGCACUUCCUCUGGGGGCACAUCCUCAAGUGCCAUAACAGCUAUUCUCUAGCAGCCUGCAGCUCCGUUUGCUGCAGAAUUCCUUUUCAGAACACUUUUUAUCCCACAAAAUGAUCCAUGCAGCCAGGGAUGUAUGCCUCCAGUUUGGUCAUGCUAUCACAGACACCCCAAUUGGGGUUCCACCCCUUCAUAACAGAUGGUUGUUGCUAUAGUGCACAGGACUAUUGGUGUUAAAUAUGGAUUUCUGCAAGCUACGUAUGGUGGGCUGUUGAAGAAAUGAUUCUGCAUCUGAAAUGAAAGUUCAGCAUCAGAACUGCUCCCUUUUCAGGGGAGUGCAGCCUGGAGGAAGGUUGUAGAAUGGGGGUAGCCAAGGCACUGCUCUCUAGAUGUUAUAGCUCCCAACAGCAUUGGCCAUAUUAGCUGGGGCUGAUGGGAGUUGUAGUCUACAGCAUCUGGAGGUACCACAUUGGCUGUCCUGCUGUAGUGGGUCUGGAGUGUGUUAACUGUGAUUAUAACUCUCUCCCUCUUUCUCUUUCUCUUUCUCUUUCUCUUUCUCUUUCUCUUUCUCUUUCUCUCCCUCUCCCUCAUAUUUCCACCAAGGUUUCAGAGACAGAUGUCUGAACCUUGCCACCCAUAUCCUCAGCCAGGACUUUCUGGGGACAGUCGCCCUGUCUACCACAGGCAGAUGUCGGAGCCUAUUGUUCCAGCAGCUGCCCAUCCUCCUCAGGGAUUCAAGCAGGAAUACCACGACCCGCUCUAUGAUCACGGGGUCCCAGGCAUUCCAGGGCCCCCAAGGCAUGGGUUCCAGUCUCCAAUGGGAAUCAAGCAAGAGCCCCGGGACUACUGCAUUGAUUCAGGUGAGUCAGUUCGCUUGAAUCCCUCUUAGCCACAUGCAAAGGCUGGCUUGGUCCCACUGCAUCUCAUCAAGUGCAUAAAGCAGCUUCAGUGAACAGUAGUCGCUCUGUAGCCCAGGAAUGGGGGAAGCUGUGGCUUUCCAGAUGUUGUUGGACUUCUGUCUUCCACCAUCCCUGACCAUUGGCCUUGCUAGCUGGGGCUGAUGGGAGCUGGAGUCCCACAACACCUGGAGAACCACAGGUUCCUUAUCCUGGCACAGCCAGUGGUCCAAUCUUCAGGCAGUUCUUGGAGUAUGGAAUAAAUUCUGUUGUGCUUGUUGGAUCACCCAACAGUUUGGAGAAUACAUUCUACCUUGGCAAUAAUGCAGGCACCGGUGAGCCCUUGCGUGGUUAUGAGAGAUGUCUCACCUACAGUAUGCAUUUGUUUUAGACCCGUGGUUCUCAACUUGUAGGUCCCCAGAUGUUGUUGGACUACAACUCCCAUCAUCCCUGAGCUCUGGCCUUGCUAGCUAGGGGUGAUGGGAGUUGUAGUUCAACAACAUCUGGGGACCCACAGGUUGAGAAAGGCUGUUCUAGACAUUCCACCAGGCUCCUCCCAUGUUUUGCCUGUUAGUUUUCUAAAACCCCACCCCUUUUCCCUGUUCCUUUAAAGCUCCGCUGUUUUCUUCACAUUCUAGCAAAGGGAGAGGGUGGAGCAGCUGUCUAUUGUGGCAGCGUUUAACCUACUUAGAAUGUUAGAUUAUCUCUUUCUGGCUUUUUUUUGGGGGGGGGGAAACAAAUGUUAAAAUCAGGCAUUCAACAGAUGUAGCAGAGAAACUAAGCUUCCAUAAUCUGAAAGGCAUUACUGGUGCGGGAAGUGGAGCAGGGAAGAGAAGGCAGCUUUUCACCUUUCUCUGCAGCAGCUCUAUGUCUUUCCCAUCUUCUCUCUGGCAGCUCUAGCGUUAAGCAACCGGCUCCAUGGAGCAGCUAUGAACCUGCAGCUGAGCACUCACCUUGGGACAUGCAGGGGGAAAGGAGGAGGGGGCGCCUGAUCACUUUAGAUUGUGCAGCUGCUGUUGGUGCAGGGCCCACUACAUAUCUGCAAAUCGCCUUAGGCCUAAAAAUACUGUGACCUCUUGGAGGCAGGGUGGAACAGAUGGGGAAAGAUCUAAAGUUAAAGGCUUUUCCCCCCCUCCUCUUUCCCUGCUUCUCACGUGCAUCGGAGGGAAUGCAAAAUAUUAAGCUUGACUUUUUCAGUGUGUCCAACCUCUCCUGCAGGUUCAUUAAGUUAUUUUCUCACAUGCUCUUGGAAAGGCUUUGCCUUCUCGGGAGAGACAGCUGCAGCAGCAAAGGGGAUUGUAUUACAGCUUCCAGGAACAAUAUGAUGUACCUGAUUUUUCAAGGGAUCAUAUUAUUGCCCACAAAUUCAGGUCAUCUCCUAUUUAGGUGUUGAUUCAUCUUGUCUCUUGAUGCCAAAUCCCAGUAGGUUAAAAAAAAAGGUAGGUGGCAGAAGAGUAGAAAUAGUUUGCACCUCUCAGAUGAGGGGAAAUUCAUGGAAGGGGCUGUAGCUGAGUGGCAAAGCACCUGCUGUGUGUGCAAAGGUCAUGGGUUCAAUCCCUGCCAUCUUUGGUUAAAAGAUUCAGUUGCAAGUGAUGGGAAAUGGCCUCUUCCUCAGAUUCUAGAGAGCCACUAGCAGGGAGUGUAGACAGGACCAUAUGCUCAGGUUUCUCUUCCAUUACUACUUUGACUUGCUGAUGUGAGUUAAGUUGAAAGAUCAGACCUUCAAAAAUUAUAUAUUUGUUUUUGGAUAACUACAUUGCCCAGUCUUCCACUUCAGAGAUUGCUUCCAGACUACCAUUUGUGGCACAAUGGGUUUACCUAUGUAGUCUGUGUGCCAACCUUAAAACCAUGUAGAACUGUGUUGGGGAACCUGUUGCUCUCCAGAUGUCAUUGGACUCCCAGCUUCCAUCGGCCCCAGCCAGCAUGCCCCAACCAUCAGGGAUUAUGGGAGCUGCACUCCAUCAAUGUCUGGAGGGCUCCAGGUUUCCCAUCCAUGAAUCACUUUAGCCUAUAGGAUCUUGGCACACAGAAAUGCGAAUCUUGCUAUGCAUCUACAGUUGAUUGUUGGGGCCAGGCAAAACGUGCUUCACCACAUAGCUGGAUUCUACAGAUAACCAGGGUCUCCACUUGGUGAGUUUUGCCGCAGCCUCUGUGGCACAGACUGUUAUCAGAAUCCAGCCGCAGAGAAUUUACACAGAACCUCCUUCUGUUUGUGGGGUUUGCAGACGUGUAGAAAUUGGAUGCAUAAUAAUUUGUGCAUGGUUUCCAUAUGAUUUUAAAUCCCACCUGGGCCCACACCAAGGUACAUUUAGAAAGCCUUUGGAAAGCCUUGCAGUGCAACACUAUAUAUUUUUACUUGGAAACAAGUCUCAUGGUUGUCAGUAGGGCUUGCUCCCAGCUUGGGAUUGCAGCUUUCAAAAGUAAUGGUGCAGAAAUACAUUUCUUUCCAAUCUGGAUGGAGGAUGCACUCUGCGAAACAUUCAGAGAAGCAUUACUGGAGAAUCGUAAAAAUAAAUGCUGGAUUUCCGAGAAACUGUCAAGUGGAAUCUUGCAAACCUAGACAUUGGUGCGCUGGGGAUUUUCUUCAUUGGUCUGUCCACUGUUUAACCUGGAGAAGAAGUGAAGUGUGUUUGGUUCAGGGUGGUGUUAACCCCAAUUCCAUCUUUAUUUCAGAAGUGCCUAACUGUCAAUCAGCAUAUGUAAGAGGAGGAGGAGGAGGCUACUUCCCCAACAGCCAUGAUGGUAAGUGGGGAGUCAGGAUGUACAGCAACCUUCACAAACUUUGUGCCGUCCAUAAAUUUUGGACUACAAGUCCCAUCAGGUGCAGCCAGCAUGCUGGCUGGGUCUGAUGGGAGUUGUAGUCCGAAACAUCUUGACAGCACCAGGUGGACCAAGGCUGAGUUACAUGUAUAUGCUUAUGUAUGUCUAUGCACAUAUGAGGUAAAAUGGAAAGGAAUGUAGAUGUGAUUAUCCCAGCAGGAAGUGAAAGGGAAACACCUUCUCCCAUGAAACCAGAAGUGCUGGCUUACAUGCCUCUGCUUAGAGGCCCUUUUGCUGUAACAUAAGAGACGACGUUAAGGGAAUUGGUGCCAGGAAAUUUAAUAAUAGCAAGACACUUCAAGCAUUUUUACAGAGCUUAAGGGUGUUGAGAGGUCUUUAUUUUUGUGAUCCUUACAGCAGCCUAGGGCUAUAUGAUGGAGGAGGCAAGGCUGCAAGAGAGUGGCUUGCCUAAGACUACUUGUUCAUUUUUGUUUAUCAUGUGUCCAUCUUGCUGUCCUCAAAGGAGCUCAAGGUGGUGUCUACAUGAUCCCCUCUCCCUUUUAGCUUCACAACAACCCUGUGAGGUAGGUUAGGCUAAGAGUUGGCGACUGGUCCAAAUGAGCAUCUGAACCAAGUCUCCCCAGUGCUCUAACCACUGCACCACACUGGCGCUCACCUAGUGAAUUCAGUGGUUAGGUUUGAACCAGAGACUUCCUUGUGCUCUAGGCAUUUCCCUUCUUCCUCUUACUAUCUCUGAGCCUGUCUUUAUGGCUCUUUCCUGACUCUUCUUGUGCUGUGAAACUCACUGCCCUAAUUGAGGUGUACUGAUUGCUCAGCAAACUCUGGGGAAGAUCAACCCACAUUGAGCACUGAUCGAAAAGACUGAUUGUCUCAGCAACAAAAUUCAGCCACGCUGAGCUUUCUUCAAUCCGCUGAGUUCUGUAUUAGAUCUUCACAGAUAGUAAGUGCUCCUACCCAUCCCUAGCAGAAAACUGGCAGUUGCCAAGAGUAAGUAUGUCAUCUUGCAGCUGUUAAUUAUGUAUUUAUACCAUAACUUUAAAUGGACUGGGGAAGCCAGUUUUAUUCAGAUUGUGAUGUUAUCUGCCUCCUGCUAAGUCUUCGUUGAUUUGCUGUAACUCUGCUUCCCCCUAGUCUGAUGCCCUCCAGAUGUUUUGGACUAAUUGCUGGGUUUGAUGGGAGUUGUAGAACAUCUGGUGGGCACCAGGUUGGAGAAGGUCGAGUUACCGCAGGAGUGAAGAACCUGUAGCCUUUCAGAUGGUGUUGAACUCCAGCUCCCAUCUUCUCUGGCCAUUGGCCAUACUUGUUGGGCCUGAUGGGAGCUUCACAGCAUGGCAAGUAGAUUGACAGGGCUGUUUUCGGGCCUGUCAGAAAUUCAAUAUCUCUUUCUCCCAUUUCCUUCCUUGGACACAGAUAUGGCUCGUUCCAUUUUACCCACAAAGUUCCUUCCUGCCUCCUCCUUUGGCACAUUAGGUGGCAAUGCCAGCUGCAACCGUGGCUCUAAACACCUGACUUCAGUGGAACUUUAUCUGAGCAAGAAGGGUCUCUCUCACAUGUAUACAGAUAACGCAGGAGAGAACUAUCUUUAAACUCAGUAGCUACACCCUGAAGCAGCAAGCCCAUUUUGGCAUAGUUUGAAUGGAGGGGGUCCAUCUAAUAAUCACUGCCCUUACGAUGACAGCCAAGGGCUCUUCCACAUGUGACAGAUUUCCUACACUGGCAUGAAGUUUGCAUGUAUUCCAUGCUGUGUACUGAAAAUGGCUAUCUUACUGAUAAAAUACCAAGGAGGUUUGGAUCUACUCAAUGCCUGGGAACUUUGCGUAUGCCACCUGUGAUUGAAGCGACAUAGGAAAUAAUUGUAAUAAACAAAAUCAAGUCCCAGCACACUGGCCUAGCUGAUAAAUGUGGCAAAACAGAUCCAUGUGUAUUUGUCACCUUUUUAAAGCGGUUUGCACAUACACACAAAUCAUAUUUGUGUGGAGCGUUCCUUCAUGUCACAUUAACUGUGAUAAUGACCAUAGCUGGAAGGAUAGUGGAUCUAUAGUUGUUGAUUGUGAUUUUCAUAGUACAGAACUAGAGGUUACAUGUCAAUGAAAGAUUUUGCUUUCAAACCAGUUUCCAAAUAAGGCAUGUGACAUUUUUGUAGUCUUCAGGAUCGGAUCCUUUAAAGUGCUUCUUGGAUCUGUAUGGAGGAGGCAACCUACAACAGGAUCCCUUACUCCCUCUCUAGUCCAGGGAUAGGAAACAUGGAGGCCUCUCAGAUGUUGGACUACAACUCCCAUCACCCUGACUAUUGGCCAUGCUGGAUAGGACCAAUGGGGAGCUGGAGGUCCAACAGCUUUCCCAUCCCUGUUCUAGUCAGUUUGCAAGUGUUCUGGCAAGGCAGGUGGUGGAUCCAGUUACACAUCGCCUCACUUGAACUGACAAAGCACUUGCAAGUUGAUCAUAGGGGGUGGGUGAAUGGAGGAAAAGUGGGAUAUAAAUGUAGUUAAGUAAAUAAAUAAAAAUACAGCCACUGGUGUUUGUUUGUUAAAAUUGUUGAAUAGUGGAAAUGGCUAAAAGUAGGAAAAUAAAGUGAAAGUGUUUUGCUGCUGCUGCUGCGUAUCCCGCCCUCUGUUGCAAAUGCACAGCUAUCCUGCAGUCUGUCCUGAACUGGAACUAGACCCACAAGAGUCAUAACAGGGAAGCUGCUCCAUGGACACAGAAGUCUGUUGACAGCUUUAAAGUGAUAUGAUGAAAUGCAGUGUAGACAUUUGGUGAGACUUAACCAGUGCAGUUGGAGCACUGGUUCUUUCUUUUUUAAAAGCAGUUUAAACUGCUUCAGAGUUUGGUCAGAUCCUUAGUUUGGUCAGAUCCAAUCAAUAAGGAUAAAAAGCAACCCUAGGAAGUUCUUAGAUUUUUUGUUUUUUAGGGUAUUCUUGAGUGUCACACAUGCUGAUACUCUUGCAAGCAACAUUGGGGUGCUUCUGCGCAGACCCCCAUGCUUGUCCCAGCCAGUCUAAAUGCCGGCCUGGGGAUGGGGAGAGGCACUGCAGGUGACAGAGUUCAAGUGAAGGACUGCAGUGCAAGAAAACCAGCUUCUCAGUACUUUGUUUGCAGUACUCUUUGCUCCACUUGCGGUUUAGCACUUCUGUGUGAAACCAACUAUGUGGGAACUUUCUGUCUGGACAAGCCCAUGGAGUUGGCAGAAGCAGCAGCUGGCACAUUUGCAAAUAAGCAUUUCAAGGCCUUACCUGUUGCUUUUAAUGAAUGGCUGAGUAGCUGCCAUUGCUGCCAACAAGCAAUGCAAUGAAGCGAAUCAAACCGUCCAGGAAGGAACAGCUUAAGAGAGAGAGAGAGAGAGAGAGAGAGUGUGUGUGUGUGUGUGUGUGUGUGUGUAUGAGCAAGUGUAAUACAUUGCAGAGAAUUUGUGGUGAGCUAAUAGAUGUGAAUUUUAUCUUCCUAGGAUUCCCCUAUGAGAAAGAUGCCCGGCUCUACUUUGAUGACACCUGUGUUGUACCAGAGAGGAUGGAAGGUAAGGGACUGUCCGGUUAGGUUUGUCUGGGGUGAAGAGAUUUUGCAGAACUCUAGAGAGGUCAGAAUUGGCCACUAAUUAGCCAAUUCACCCAUGGGCUUCAAUAAGAUCUACCUCGUUUGUGCUGAAUAUUAUGGGGAAAUUUGCCUCAAGACAUAGGGCUCCAGGAGUGGAGCUAAGUGCCAAUCAACUGGAUGCUAAAGCUUAUGAAGGAAGUGCUGCCAGCCAGGUGCAGAGUUGCUUUCAUACUCAGCUGCCUAUAUAGCAUAUUGCUUCAUGGGGAGAGGAGUAAAAAAAAAAAGAAGCAUCCGCAGCCAGAUGUGUAGCCACUUCCUCGCUCACCUGGCUUCUGUCAGACAUCCAGAAGUUAAUGGAAACUGCAGCAGGCGAUAGGUUGAGCACUUGGGGUGUCAGUUCUAACUGGUGUGUGUUUCCGUUGUUGGGAACAGGUAAAGUGAAGCAAGAACCCACAGUAUAUCGUGAAGGACCUCCAUACCAGAGGCGAGGGUCACUCCAGCUGUGGCAGUUCCUCGUCACACUCCUCGACGACCCAGCCAAUGCUCACUUCAUCGCCUGGACUGGCAGGGGCAUGGAGUUCAAGCUGAUUGAGCCAGAAGAGGUAAAAGAAAUCUGAGAGUGAGCCUCCAAAAUGGCUGUGACGGUUGCACUUUUAAUUUACUGACUGUCAAAACAAAAGGUUUUAAUUUCAGCUGACAGAAUGGCUGGAAGCUACUGGAAUGUAACAGAGGAUGAAAUGCUUGAAGUUCGAAUGAAAGUGUCACUGGGAGAAGGGGGCUGGAUGAGACCGUAGGCUGGCUGAUGUGAAAUGCUGCCGCUUAGCUUCUGUUGACCUCUGGACCAAGCCACUUAACCCGAGGGCCUAGUAGCACUAAGAGAGACCUGCCAGCAUGGGAAGGUUUGGGGUCUGGCUAACUGAAGGGGGCACAGAGGUUGUGGAGUAGGGCUGGUGAUGACUUUGGCCUUAUGGUGGAAACUGGUGUGUGUGUUUUUGCUAAAAUUGGACAUGUACCAGAAAGAUUGCAAAAAGUUGGUGGUUUUGUCCUAAUUCCUUCCCAACUAUCCUUUUCUGUCUAAAAUGACUGAUGUUGAGAAUCGAAUAGCAGUGGUUCAGGACCAGUCGCAGGUAGCCAGCAACCCAGAUGCUUGUUCAGGAGCUUUUGUAAGUCAGCCUGGUGGGACACAGUGGCUGCAGUUCACUGAUACUGGCGCACCCAACCUGGAAUGAUGCCUGUUGAGGCAGGGACAUGGCAUGACAAGCGCUCCCGAGAGAAAAUACCAAUGAUGUGUGCCAUGCUGGCUGAGCAUUGCCCUCAGGCAGAGAUGCAUCAGCACCCGAUGUGGUGACCCAUGGUAGAAGUGUGCGAUGUCACCUUUUGCACACUGCAUAAACAGGGUACCUCUUGUUGGUGCUCCCAGUGAAACUUCCAAAGCUGCCUCAUUCACUGCUGAGCAGGCAUUUCAUGUGGCAACUUGCCAAGGGCACAAGUACAUCCAUCUCCUCUCGUGAGUCCUCAUUAUUAACUUACUCCAAGUUGUAGGUGGCAGGGCUCAAUGUCCAGGGCUGCAACAGUGGGCAGAGAUGCUGUAAAUCAGGCAUAGGCAACCUUUGGCCCUCCAGAUGUUUUGGCCUACAACUCCCAUGAUCCCUAUCUAACAGGACCAGUGGUCAGGGAUGAUGGGAAUUGUAGUCCGAAACAUCUGAAAUGAAGCCAUUAUUUGCUUGUUCAUUCUUUCCCGGUCCACAUUAAGGUCAGAUGGGGAAACUGCAGAGCAGCAGAUGGCACAAGGCUCUGCUUCCACAUUUCUUGCUGAACCUGUUGAGCACAAAAUUGCUUAGUUUGGCUGUUCCUGGGCCUGAUUAUUUGCCAGCAAUGGCUCCCUGUCUUAACUGCUUGGGUUGUCUUUCAGUCUUCAGAAGAUCUUGUCCAGCUAGUGUGGUUUUAUAACCUUAUUAGAGAUAAAAUGCAAUUGGAUUAGACCAAACACAAUGCACCUUGUAUGAGGCUCUGAUUCUGGAGCACGACUGCAACCUAUUAGACACUGCCUGACUCAACAGAACGCUCUGUUCAGUUCACACUGGGGCCCCUGCACACUUUCUCAAAAGUGGCUUUGACUCUGAACCAGGUGGGGUGAGGAAGUUGUGGGACUCCACUUGCAGUCUUGGUCUGAUAAUCUCAUGGUGAGGGAGGCCCGAGUGCAGAAUGUGAGGCGGGCUCUGAUGUGCAAGAUGAGCCUGAGGCUUCCUUCAGAACCUGGAGCUACAGAGGAGAGGGGAUGAACCCUGCACUCUCCCCAGCCCCAACCUGAAAUUUGUUUGGAUUCUACUCUUGGUGGGUGCAAGUGCAGAACUAUAGCAAGCCUUUGUCUCCCAUAUCCAAGAUGGAAAGUACCUAACUAAAUGCUAUCCAGGGUAAAGGUAAAGGGGCCCCUGACCAUUAGGUCCAGUCGUGGCCGACUCGGGGGUUGCGGCGCUCAUCUCGCUUUACUGGCUGAGGGAGCCGGCUUACAGCUUCCGCUUCUAAGCCGUUUCUGGCGAACCAGAGCAGCACACAGAAACACCGUUUACCUUCCCGCCAGAGCGGUACCUAUUUAUCUACUUGCACUUUGACAUGCUUUCGAACUGCUAGGUUGCCAGGAGCAGGGACCAAGCAACGGGAGCUCACCCCGUCGCAGGGAUUCGAACCGCCGACCUUCUGAUCGGCAAGCCCUAGGCUCUGUGGUUUAACCCACAGCGCCACCCGUGUCCCUUGCUAUCCAGAGUAGAUCUAUUUAAAUUAAUGGAUCUAAGUCAUGUUCGUUAAUGUCAGUGGGUCUCUUUUGAGUAGAACCAAGUGGCAUAUAAUCCAUUGGCAGAGCCAGCCUCCACACACCCCAAAGCUCUGAGCCAUUGGGGAGUCAGGGUUUAUCUUCUGCCCCUGCAACCACCAGCUCCAAGCUUAGAGCAGGAAAAUUUCCCCGAUUUCAUGAAACUUCUCUGAAAUAUAGCACAUAGUCUGGGACUGGAUUCUGAUCUUUGGAUGAUAAAGGGUCUGGGUGUGGGACUCGCUGGGGAUAUGUAGGUCCCACCAUCUACCUGCAGGAGCUGAGUGCUAACGCUGAGCUAUCCAUUACCCUUUUCUUUUCUUUCCAUACCAAUUUCUGCUUUGUUUAUUUUUUUUGUUCUUUUGUUUUGCUGUUUGCUUCUCAUCAGCUUUUAGGGAAAGUUGUGGGUGAGUUGUUUUUAGUUUUACAAAUGUACACGAUAUAAAAAGCAAUCAAAAUUUGCAAAUGUAAAAAGUAGACAGCACAUAACACAGAGUCUAGCCAAGAUCCAUUUCUUGCAUGUUGUUUUCUUCCUGGUCCUUUGGCACAGCUUACUUGGCUUUCCAUAACAGCUCCCCAGAUAGCAGGUACAGAGAAUGUGUUUCUUUUCUCAUAACUAGAGGCACAAGAAGUCUACCCCCUUUUAAACAAAUAAAUAUAAAGCUAAACACUGUAAUGUGAAAAACAGUUCUGCUUCUUGGUCCACCAUGUGACUGGUAAACUGCAGCAAUAAUAUGCAGUGAGCAGAACAAAAUAUAAAGACACUGGAAAUAUAAAAUAAAUGGAAGACCAAGAUAUACAGUGACCUCAUAGGGAUAGAAUUGUUCAGAAAUCCAUCAAUGCAGUUGAGCUAUUUCUCAAUGUUCUGAAAAAAUGCUGAUGGGAGGCUAGUUCAUUCACCCAUUUCGGACAAUUCUUAUUCAUGGGAAACGUAUCAGUGGGAAGGCCAAAAAAAAGCUACCCAUUUGUUAAUCAGUUAUGGUUGAAAAGUAUUGCUCUCAGCAUUCUUAGAGAGGCUGCAAUAUGUGUUUGCCGCAUGUCAAAUUUUGCAGCUCUGCAGCAAUCAUAAACUAUAACAAUAUUUUUCAUUAUAGUUUGAAAGAGUAGUUUGUUUUUGCAGGUCAUAUUCAAUGACUGGGGAUAUGCACUUCCUUUUUUAAAAGGUAAAAUACCUGAAGCACCAUCACUGAUUAACAGUUUGGUGUGUUUAUUUUUCUUGCUGAUGUGCUUCUUCAUUAAUAAAGAUAACCUAAAUUGGUUAAGUAGACUGAGAUUGAUACAAAACACAAAGAAAACAUUUCAUAGCCAUGAAAUCAGGAAACAGAGACUCACAUUGGAUAGUAAGACCUUGAUCUUGGUUUCUACAUGAUCCUGCUGUGUUGUUGUUUAGUUAUUUAGUUGUUUGGUCAAACAUGCAGUUUGGUCAAACUCAUGUUAGUAGCUUCAAGAACGCGGUCCAACCAUCUUGUCCUCUGUCGUCCCCUUCUCCUUGUGCCCUCCAUCUUUCCCAACAUCAGGGUCUUUUCCAGGGAGUCUUCUCUUCUCAUGAGGUGGCCAAAGUAUUGGAGCCUCAGCUUCAGGAUCUGUCCUUCCAGUGAGGACUUAGGGCUGAUUUCCUUCAGAAUGGAUAGGUUUGAUCUUCCCGCAGUCCAUGGGACUCUCAAGAGUCUCCUCCAGCACCGUAAUUCAAAAGCAUCCAUUCUUCGGCGAUCCUGCUGUAUUUUUGUCUAUUUGUAUUUUCAGCGUUUUGUCUUUCAUAUUGUUCAUUAUGCAUUAUCACUGCAGGUAUUAAAUUACUUUGUGACAACAUAACACAUCUUAUUUUUUGCCAUUACACAUAUGAGCUUCCUAACACAUAUAUUUUUAGCGAUUGAUUUCUUAUGCUUCCAAUUUUAUUCGUAUUGGCUCAUCCCUCUCUCUCCCCCUACUUCCCCUCUACCGCAUCCCCCUCUCCCCCCCCACGCCCCACUUUUCUCAUUAAGCUUCAGACACUUGGUUGUGCCUUGCAGAAAGGCCUUCUGCUAAUUCCCUCUGUUGCUGAGUAGGCUUUGCUCUGUCGUCGCCCUGUGGAGACACUGGUUUUUGUAAAUAAACCCUUGAAAUUACCGAGAGGAAUCUUGUGGUGUGCUGGGUUGUGCUGAAUGAUACAGAGAAGGAAGCUGAUUGACUAAUAAUUGAAACCAGCUGCACAGCUGAGCCAGGCAGUGCAUGGUGGGUAAUUAUCCAUAAUAUACAGUACACUCGGCAUGGAAAUUGUGGUUUUUCAAACAACAAUUUGGCAGCCCCCCCUCUAGUCAGAGGUCUGUGAGAGUCGGCCGUUUCACUUCCUCUCCAUUAGGAAAAGGCACAGCUUUGAUCUGGAAAUGCUUGAGCUAUGAAUCUUGCGCUGUCUGGCAGUUUUCCUUUGGCGAGUAGGCCAGAGGAGCGCAAGUGGGAGAUGCACAGCCACAUUGCAGGGCCCUGCUCCCCACGCACACAAGGUGAAAAGCUUUAGACAUUUGAAGCCUCUCCUCUUAAUGAAGUCUGCCCCAAGUAAAUGGAAGUGGGCUCUCUUAUAUGAUCAAAAGGCUGUUAAGAGACCUUGCUUUCUGACCCUAUGGUGCAGCGAGAGGAUGAGGGGCUUUGGAGGAGUUUGUGGCUUUCUGUGCCCUGCUGUGCAGCAGCAAGAGAAAGCUCUUAACGCAUAAUCAAAGCCCGUGUGCUGAGAGAUGAUUAUGUAACAGCAACUCCAGGGCUGCUUGGAAUCUGUGCAUUGGCAAUGCACUCUCUGCUCUCUUACUGUCGUUACAUCCAUAUGCAAAGAACUUGUGUCUGAACAUGCAAAAUGUAACCAAACAUGCUUCCAUCCUGGAGCCUGUUAAGAGAGGUUCCGUCCCCCGCAAUACUGAGAAGCCUAUUGCUCUCUGUUGCCUUAAAACAACACAGCAGAGCUUCUUGUGCUUUUUCUUCCUUUUGUCACUGCGGCAACUGGUGUGCUGUUGAACUUGCUAAGCGCUGCAGUAUGCAUGCUGCUCUGCUUUGCUCCAGACAUGUUCCUCCUCAGGGUACGAGAGAUGAGCUGUGCUCAGGGUGGCAGGACAGAAAAAGCUAAGUGCGAAGGGGAGCAAGGUAUCAGUUCUGUUGGAGGUUUUCCUGGAGCUUUAAUUGAAAUCCUGUAAUAGAUGGAGAAGGGGCAGAGAGGCAGGUAGUGGGAAGUAGAUGCUUUUCUCUGUGUUGGAGCUGCAGUGAGGCAGGGUGCUGCUUUCUCUGACCAUGGUGUACCUAUUUCAUUUAUCCUUGCAUCUCCAUUCCUCUUUCUUUGCUCUGAUGAAAAACCAAACUGACUGGGUGCACCAUACGAAUGUAGCUAUCUGCUUAGCUGCUGAGGCCGCUGGAAACACCCUGUGUAUUGGCUCGGACUGCUGUUCUGGGCCUUUGCGAUGCCUCAGGUGGAUGCAAGCUGCUUCGGUGCACUUAGUGCAAGGAAAUCCCAUUAAUCUUCUCUGAGUGCCUUGCAGAUUGUCCAUUCCAGAAAUCCACUGGGAAACAGUGGGUUGGUUGGCAGCAGGCUUAUGUCAUCAGAACCUGCUCCCAAAGAGAGCUAAAAUGAGUAAUCCCCGCCACACGACUGCUCCAGAAUCAUAUUAGAAUUGAGUUGCAACCCAUUAGGAACACACUCACUGCAACGUUGUUGGGUUUCCUGGUCAUGCCUUGCUGGCUAUGAUUUCCAUUGAAGUCAAAAAGUGUGACAUGCUAAUGGUCUGUUGGUCGAUACUCUGUGCCCUGGCCAGCAAAGUUUGGCUGGUUGUCUGUGACUUUGUGAAGCACCAAGAAGCAAUCGUUAACUAUGUGCUAGGUGGGGGGGGGGUCCUCCAGUCUUUUAGGCCUAUGGACACAUGUGGAUUUUUGAACGAUUUGCCAUGGGUACCACCACUUCUUUCCCCUCCCUCUUUACAAACAGAAAGAAAGCAUGCAUGGACAAAUUUUGCUUUCCCAAGGGAUCUGGGUAAAAUGUGAAUCCAGAAGAAUUUUUCUGAGCCUUUGAAAAGUACAUAGAUCUGAAGGGGGCAGUGGGGGGAAGUAUCACUCUUCCAACCUCCUUCUUCAACUCUGUGCUUUUCAAGGGAGAAAAGGGCAAUGCCCCUCACCUCCUCAUGACCAAGGGGGCCAAGGAGGCUCAGUGGCUUCAUAAGUGUCAUGGUAAGACCCCCUGGAAGAUCCCAGUGCCCCAUUUGAGUCCCCCAACCUAGGCCUCAUACAAGUAGUUCAGAAUCUGUGGCCUUAACUGGUGGUAUUUCUGUCUCCUCUAGAGGGAGGGGCUUGAUCACAAAGACUUUCCAACCAAUAUGCCAAAACACUUGACAAGCACUGCAGAGCUUCAUGGCUGUAUUCUUCACCUUCUUAGGUAGCUCGUCGGUGGGGGAUCCAGAAGAAUCGUCCGGCAAUGAACUAUGACAAGCUUAGUCGUUCUCUUCGCUACUACUAUGAAAAAGGCAUAAUGCAAAAGGUGAGCAGCCCACUCCUUCCUCUGAACAUCCUUGGUACGUGAGAGCUGUGUGGUUGUAAAGGAACAGUCUUUGGCACAGUUAUGGCUUACUUUUCAGGACCACUCUUCCUCCUGUUCCAUCUGCCUAAUUGGAGGGAAGACAGCCAACACACCAUUUCUUGGGGCAUUUCCAGACAAUCAGUUUACAGCAUGCAAAAAAGCAAAUUGAUUUUUCAUUUCUUUGCACCGUCGACAUUUAAUUUCCCCAGUCCUAAAGCUGCAAUGCUAUGUUGUGUGUGAGGAGGAGAUUCUUCUCUUCCUCCAUCCAAUAGCACACUAAUAUCGAUUGCAUUUGUUGCAUGGAACAUAGUUUAAUGACUGUUGCGAGCCACUCCCUGCUGCUUGUUGCACCUGAGAUUUCUCAGUACCCUCCCUGGGACCUUUUCCGUAGUAUUUCUUUUGAUGUUUGAAGUUGCUUGGUUAGGUAUAUACUGCAUUGUCUAAAAGCAAAGUCUGUAACACUUUAUCAGUUACAGUUCUGCAGGAAGUCUGUCAUUGACAUUCUACUCACUAUUGAUCUAGGGCAGAUUCCAGUGUAUAGUUAGCAGAGUAAAAACACAUUGCAGGAUUCCCAAAAAAUAGACCAGAGGCAAUUAAUAGUUCAUCCAGCAGAGUGUUACUGCUACUAAACGCAAAUGAGCAUAAUGGUCACAAAUCCAAUGCAUUGAGGAUUGACACUGUCCAUAAGAAAUCCAGUUGCAGCGGACUUAACUUAAACUUAAGGUUUAGACUUACUAUAAGUUAUUUUAACAUUAAACAUACUAUGUACAGAACACCACCUCAGGAGGAUGAAAGAGAGAAAGUGAAACCUAGGCUCCUUCUUGUCUAUUUUUAAUAGUCAGCAUGACCUUGACAGAAGAGAAGAGAGGGCCAGUUUAAGCCAGCUGUACUCAGCUUCUCUGAAGGAAUAACCCAAACACCAUGAACCUUCUGCUUGUUUCUUUCACACAGAGAAGCUUCCAGAACCCUCUUGAAUUAAUUAGAAUAGGAAAGAUCGCUACCCAUCAGAUCAAUACUUUCUGCACUAAGAAAUGCAAACUGACAAACUCCACCACAUCUAAACCUGACUUGAAGUUCCCAAGUAGCUCGUCAAGGCUUACUUUUGUUUUCUUUGCUUCUCUGAAGGUUGUGUGACAUGGGCUGAACCCCAGCAGGCACUAUUGUUCAAAGAAUGCAGCCUAUGAGAUUGCCAUUCCAAUUCUGCAUUGUCACCUUAGCAAAGCUUUUCAAAGAGUCUGUGGCACCUUAAACACUAAGAAAUAUAUUAUGACAUAAGUAACUGUGCCCCAACCCCACAGCAAACCUGUUUCCUUACAUUAUGUCACCUCCUCCAGUUUAUUCCUUUUGAAAGAUGUAUAUUGCAAGUCCUUUGUGUACUCUGUGCAAAAAUCUUCCUGCACAACAGCAGACCACACUUAGCCUUGCCCUCAUUCAGUAUAUAUCCUGCCCAUCCCACUCUCAGGUUCUGAGAUUUCACCAGGCAUACUUUUGAGUCUAUUUUUGCCAGCUUAAGAGCUAGAAAUAUCCUUCAAAUAAAUUAAUUAAUUAAAAGAAUGAUUUUCUCAUGAUGACUAAUAUACUGCAGCCUACACUUCUGCAAUGUUCUUGUAGAAUCUCAGCUCUCACACAUCCUAGCUAUAAUGCUUUACAGACUUGUAUGAAUAUCCUAGAAAGGAUAAAAUAAGAAGCCGGGUUUUUGAAAGGAGCUUGCUUGCACAUGCUCUGCACUCUUUCUUCACAACAGAUUUUGAGAAGUUAUGUUGCUACUGAAAAGUAAUAAAGGGCAGUAACAAUUAGAAAGAAACCCCUGAAGAACAUGUUACAACUGCUAUAACAAUGACUCUUCACUUCCUGUCUCUCCUGCAUAACUUCCUGCCUGUUAAUCCAUCUUCACAUGGCAAUUGAACCAUCCAUCCAUAUAUGCAGUCAUACAUACCUGCCCCUUCCUUACCUGUAUUGCCCUUCUUCUUUUUUUAAGGUGGCUGGAGAGCGGUAUGUCUACAAGUUUGUUUGUGACCCCGAUGCCCUCUUCUCCAUGGCCUUCCCUGACAAUCAGCGCCCCUUCUUAAAAGCUGAACCAGACUGCCAUGUGAAUGAAGAUGACACCUUACCUCUGACACACUUUGAAGACAACUCCGCAUACCUCCUGGACCUGGAUCACUGCAGCAACCUCCCCUACGCCGAGGGCUUUGCUUACUGACUCACCGGGCAGCUCGAAUGCUGACCUUAAGAGACUCCGGUUCCAACAAAUAAGGGCAAAAAUGUUUUGUUUUUGUUGUUUUUUGUAAAGAAUUUCUGCUGUUCAUAAAACUGCUCUUUGCAAAUAUUAUCGGAAGAGCCUAAAAUACUUUUAACGGCCCUCCACCUUGAAGACAGACAGUAGCAUGGCUAGUGAGUAGGGCCUCCUGUUGCGGAUCGCUUCGGCUGCCACCGUGAAGAACAGCUGGGGAGGGACUUGCAACAGGGGGUGUCUUCUGGGCCCGGUUGCUUAGGGUCGUGUGUGACAAAAAGAUGUUCACAGGACUUGAAUAGACAGUGUGUGAUUAGCAAAUGUCAAGAAAAUACGCUAUGUAACAAUCACCAAUCCUUGUAUCUACCUUGUAUAAUGGAAAGGGCUCCCGGACGCUAAGGCGCCAGUGCAGCAUAAGCCCUUUUCGGAUGGGUCACGGCUUAGUGUGGUGCUUCUCCUGGCAUGGCUGAAUUAGCUCAGCCCCUCUGGGUUCUCAGUCGACAGCUCUUCAAUCUGAGGAAGCCUUUCCUUCUUAUUAUUUUUAUUUGUUUUGUGUUAUAAUAAUAAUAAUGAUAAUAAUAAUAAUAAUAAUUUUGGUCCAUAAUAAGCAAACCCAACAUAAAGGACAGCACUUAACCUACCAGAUCCCUAUGAGCCACACAGGCACUUGGCCACCCCCUCUGUUGCAAGGCAGCGCAUGGAUGGCUUGCUUUUAGGGGAAGUCGGGGGCUCGGCCAAAACUCUUUUUAUGUUGUGGGGCAACAUUUGUAACCAGGUUUUUUGUAGGUUUUUGUAUCUUAAGGCAAAACCAGCUUUUGGCAAAGCUGAGCUGCUGCUUUUUUGCUUCCAGCAGCGCCAACGCGAAGGUUGCUGCAGCUUGGCGGCGGGGGGGGGGUGGAGUCCCUUGCCCUUCCAUGUGCAUAUCUGCUUUGUGCUGUUCUGCAGUGGAUGCUGUCCAGGACAGUUUGUACAGUGUGCUCUGCAUUCAGAGUAUGCUCCUGCGCAACAGCAGCAGCAGCAAAUGCAGGCUGCUUGGCUUUCCCUGCAACUGGGGACUGUAUGUAUAUAAUACAAGGCAGCUCCAGCCAUUGAACUUCUCCCAGGCAGGGCAGUCCUGACCGUGUGGCAGCAUUGUCUUGUAACAGCUGAACUACCUUUUCCAGUUCUCCCUAGGCUUGUGAGCAAGAGAGAUGCAAGAUGUGUAUACAGACAUAUUUUUUAGCUUCAUCUGUAAGUUGCAUUACCCUCCUUCAGUUCAUGCAAGUUGCAAAUUUUAAGAGGAUUUUUUAAAAAGGAAAAUAUAUAUAUAUAUAACUUGGGUUUGUAAAAAAAAAAGAAAGAAAAAUCAGAGAGGAAGGGGAAUUGGUCAGAGUUGAUCAUUAUAUGUAAAACAUCUCUGGAUCCUUCAGAAAUUCCCCCUCUUCUUGCUGCGAGCUGCGUUCAGCAUGCACCUGUACCGUGCUUGACCCAAAUAUGCAUAUCUUUCCCUGCGGACUCCAAUUUUUGUUGUAAAUGCUGUAUAGGAUUUCUCUUUCUGCUUUGAUAACUUUGUUUGGGUUUUUGACUAACUUCACUUCUUCUUUUUUAAAGUAUGAAGAUUAACUCUUUGUAGACGACUCAGCAACUCUCCCCAGAAAGUAUCAUGUGGCCUGUCAAAAAAAGCACAGGGCAGCAGCAAAGUCAGCUGCAGCGCCCCCCACCCCCAAAUUAUGCCCCAGGGCUUAACCAAAACAGUGGGUUUCGUUUUGUUUAAUUGGUUAUGGGAAGUCUAUAGUGCAGAAAGGGUUAAUCUGAGGAUUGAUGUGAAAUGACUGUUGCCUGAGCAGGGCUAUAUAUCUCCUGCAAAGCUGCAUUACAUUCUGUACUGUGUACAAUAAAGGAUUUUUGCUUUCUGUUCAGGCAC